CAAACAUGGCGGACACAGUGACGGCACCACAAAACCAAAAUUUAUCUAAAAGAAAGAUAUGGGUUCAGUUGAAACGUUUAGAUCAAACAGAACUAGAUGGUUAUAGUGACAAUGAUGAUCACGUAGUUGUACGGAGUAUAUACCUCAAAGACCAGGACGGAUUUAAUGAGGUCAAAGGUCGACUUUGUGAAACAUUCCAAAUCUAUGAUGAGGGAAUUGUCUUUAAGCUUAGAAAUCACAGAGGAUCCUUAAUUCCCAUGAAAGGAAAUAUCCCAGUCAACUCCAAGUCUGUUCCCUACCUCCUAGAAGUAGCAAAAGUCCAUCAGAAUGUGACACCAAAGGCCAAGUCUAUAAAGAUCUCUGAUCAGACAGAAACAAUGAAGAAAAGAUUUGAAGACAUCAUUAGAAGGGUGGAGAAUAUAGAAUCUGUGACACCGGAUCUAGACUUCAGAAGAAAAGAGAGAAUUGAGUCUGAGAUACGAGAACUAGAAAAUAAACUGGUCUUUCUCCAGAAGCGCCUGAACGAAGCGGAAGUUAGUCAAUGGAAGGGGAUGUUUAAAAAGAACCCGCUGUGGUAGAAAUCUCAAACAAAGGACUGUCUGUGGUAAAGAACACUCUGUCGUAAAGAAAUCUGUCAUAGAAAACUCCAGCAAAGAAACUGCUGUGGUAAAGAAUAUGUGGUAAAACACAUAAGAUGUGGUAAAGAAUGCUCUGUCACAGUUGGAAAUCUCAGACAGCUGGUCUUGUGCAAUGACAAACACACUGUCUACCUCUUGUUCUGUACGUUUUUGUAAAUGGCUGUUUGUUUUACGUACAACAUGUUGUUGAUGUUUAUAAAUGUAAAUCUGGGUUUUUCUAUUAUAUAUUAAUAACCUCAAGAACAGUGUAAAAUCUUUUUCUCUAAACUGAAUCAAUAAUUUGUCAUCAUUUUUUUAACUGCUAUCUAAUUAAUGGGGAUUUUUAACUACAGUGGCUCUAAAUGAAGGCUAUUUUAUUAAAGCUACAAAAUUAUUAAAUGAUUGCUAAAAUAAUUUGCAUGUACCAAAAAUAUACAGUGUAAUUGUGUUUAAUAUUUCAGACAUUUCGAAACAUGACUAAAACUUAUCUGUAAUAUUUUUUUAAAACCAAAAAAAAAUUCUCUUCCAUUUUUUAAAGCCUAAUGUGAGUUUUAAUUUAUUCAUUCCACUUUUAUUUUCAAAAUUAAUAUUUAUUAUCAUUGAUAUAUUUAUUUUUAUUGAUAAUUUUGUAUUUUCAAUACAGUUUCAAAAAUUAACAUCUAGGGUGUCUUAUACCGUAGAAAUUGUGUAAAAUAGUCCAAUGUGAAAACUGUUUAAUGGUUCAUUUUCAACUUGCUCUUGGGACAGGAAUGACUGUUAGCUUUGAAUGGGACAUAGAAAAGAUGUUUAGCUUAUAUUAAUACACCUUACAAUUUAUUUUUUCAAGGAAGUCAAUUUUGUGGAUUUUUUCUUUAAUUUGCCUUGCUGAUUUUUUAUCUUGGCAAUUUUACAAAAUGUUGUAUUAGGAAAAGAUUAUUUAAGUUUCUGAACUUGUGUCUAAUCCUUUUAGCUCUUUGUCAAUAAAAUAUGUUCAAAUUCAA